CCGCUCCAUCUCCUCUCGUUCUCGAGCCCACGAUCCUCUAUCUUCAGUCGCAUCAUCGUCCCGGACCUCCCUCACGUCGAACCCUUCAUCGUCUCCCACAAUGACCUCGCGCUCUACGAAACCAAAGAAGGCCAACCUCGACAAAGAAUGCAAGAAAGAAAAGAAGUGCACGGAUGACAGCCGGCGUUGUCACUACUGUGCACAACUCAUCGUACGGGCAUCCGACCGGCGGCGUCAUGAAGAGUCCUCAUGCAAAAUGAAGAACACUCGGAAGUUUACUUGCGAGUUUUGCAAGUUAGAGGUGUCGCGUAAGGACGCUGCCAGAAGACACUACAAGAAGGCCUGCAAAAAGAUCACGAAGAAGAUGUUGGAUGAGUGGGGCGUUGCGAAUAGAGCGGAGGCGGCGGCGGCGGGCCAUUUCGUCCAUUGGAAUAAGUAGGUCAGGGACGCUGCUGGGACAGUACUGGCGCUGUGUGUCUGCGGUACAGUUUCGUUUUUGUCUUGUUCUCUUUUUAUUUCUCUAUCAGUGCUUCCUAUCUCGCUUUCGUUUCUGCUAUCGAUUAUGCUCUCCAAUUGCUUUGUUGCUCUCGCUUUUGUGCCACUGCUAUCCCUCGCUUGCAUUUUCUGCUGUUCAUCACUGUACGAUUAUUAUUCAUCUUACUAUCUUGUAUUGGUGUUAUUCCCUCCUGUAUUUAUUGCUCUCAUGUAUAUACUCCCUCGAUAGGCCGCUUGCUCUCAACUUUGCUUAUCGCUGUCUAUCCUCUCAGUUCUAUUG